CAAUACAUCCAAAGCAGUGGAGGCUGGAGGAAGUGCCCACCUAUCUGCAAGCUCAGCUUUUAAAGGGAAAAAUCACAAGGUUACAUCAUUUAAGUGUGCUAGUAUGGGUACAAUUCUGAUUGGCUCACUUCUAGGGAAUUCUAGCCAUUUCUCAUUGGCUGCCCUCAGGUGGGGGCAUUUCUGUGGUCAGUUACCCUGGAAACCAGGGAGAGGACAUUCCAUAGUCUGGCAGGCAUUACCUUGUGACUAUCUUGUGACUCUGUACUUUUACACUUCCUGGUUUCUGGAAUCUGAACUGACUUCUUUCAGUAACUAAUGGCCUAUUCCCAAAAGGAGAAAUAUUAGGCCUUAAUUUUAGGGUGAAAGCAUUUUGGUCUUAUUUCUAAGAUGGCUCAUUUUGGUCUCACACUUAGUAUGACUCCAGGCCAAGGAACCCAAUUGCAAUUGGAAUUAUUAAUUAUUGUGUUAUCCAACACCAAUUACUUACAGGAUAAAAAAAAGGCAACUUUUUAAAUGUCCUGUUUUGUUUUCUGUUUUUGUUUGUGUGGAGACAGGGUCUCAUGUUGCCUAUGCUGGUCUCAAACUGUAACAAGCCUCUCUCAGCCCUCCAAGUGCUGAGAUUACAGGCCUGCACCACCAUACUUGGCCUAUCUUUCAGAUAUAUAUAAAAGACUUAUUUGUUUUUGUUUCAUGUGUAUAUGUGUGUGCCUACUUGUCUGUUUGUGCACCAAUUGUUGCAGGACCCUGAGAAGGCCAGAAGGGGGCGCUAUAACCCGGAAAGUGAAGUUACUGGUGGUUGUAUCCAUAUUCCUGAUCUCCAGAUUAUCUAAUUUUGAGGAACCUUCAUUUAUAUUGCCACAAAACAAAACUGCCCAAUAUGGAUGUUGGAAACCCAACCCAGGUCUUGUACAUUUCUCCAGCCCCUAUUUUUGCUGCUGCUGCUGCUGUUGUUGUUGUUGAUUUUUAAAAUGAUAAAUGUGGGGCGGAUGUAACAUGCAAGAUCUCUCUGAGGACCUCACUUAUUUGUGAAAGCGUACAGAGAUCCUAAAAACAAAAUGUUGGGAAUUUCAGGCACAGCUCCCAGCCCUAGGUGCAGGGGGAAGAGGGUGUUAAUCUCCCUGAUCUCAGGCGUGACUCUCAGGUCUGGUCUGUAAAGGAGGUAUGUGGGGUGACAAGAAGCCAAGGGUUAGGGACUCCUCCUUACCUUUGAGUUUCUCCAGCUCACCACCUUUCUCAGCUGUCCUGGUCCUUCUGCCUGAACACUUGUCCUCACUCCCACUGCAUGUCUGAAUUCUGCAGAAAGCUCAGUCACCAUGGUCUCUCCCCAGAAACCACAAGGCUAUACCGUCCACAGAAAGGAACAAGGUCUCAGUUGCUCUGGGCCUUCUAAACACCAAGGAUGGGAAGCUCCGCGCUUUCUGCCCUCCUACCGCUGCUCACCGGAGCUUUGGCCUUGACCCAGGUCCAGGCAGGCUUCCAUUCCUUGCAGUUUUUGGCCACCGUCACGUCCCAGCCUGGUUCGAGAGAGCCUGCCUUCAUCUUCGUCGGCUUCGUGGACGACUCACAGUUCCUGUGCUACAACAACCAGGGGGAAAGUCAGAGAAUGGAGCCCCGCGCGCUGUGGGUGAGGCAGAUGGGGCCUGAGUAUUGGGAGCGGCAGACCCGGACCGUCAAGGACAUUGCAAAGAAUUCCCGAGUGAACUUGAAGGAGGCUAUGGGCGUCUACAACCAUAGCGAGGAUGGCUCUCACGUCUUUCAGUGUGUGUCCGGCUGCGACGUGGGGCCAGAGGGACUCUUCCUCCGCGGGUACGAGCAGCAUGCCUACGACGGCCGCGAUUACCUCGCCCUAAACCCGGACCUGCGCUCCUGGACCGCAGGCGACUCGGCGGCGCAAAUCACGCUGAGCAAGUGGGAGGAGGCUGGUGUCGCGGAGCAAAGGCGAUCCUACCUGACCGGCGAGUGUGUGGAGUCGCUCCGCACAUACCUGGAGAUAGGGAAGGAGACUCUGCUAGGAGCAGAUCCUCCAAAGGCACAUGUGACCCAGCACCCCAGACCCGAAGGAGACAGCAUCCUGAGGUGCUGGGCCCUGGACUUCUACCCUUCAGACAUCACCCUGAUCUGGCAGCUGGAUGAAGAAGACCAGACCCAGGACAUGGACCUUGUUGAGACCAGGCCUGCAGGGGAUGGAACCUUCCAGAAGUGGGCAGCUGUGGUGGCGCCUUCUGGAGAGGAACAGAGAUACACAUGUCAUGUGCACCAUGAAGCACUAACUCAGCCCCUUGUUCUGAGAUGGGACCUUCCAAAACCCACCAUCCCCAUCAUGGGAAUUACCGCUGGCCUGGUUCUCUUUGGAGUUGUGUUCACUGGAGCUGUGGUUGCCAUUGUGAUGAGGAAGAGCAGAGGUCUUCAGAUAAUAAUUCUAAAAAUAUUCCCGAGGUUCUGA